AUGUUUCCUGGGAGUUUAUUUUUCAUGAUUUUACUCAUUUCUAUGAUUAAAGAAAAGGUAAUUCUUGGAGAGCAGAGUCAAGAGCUGGUUGUUCCUAAAAGGCUUCCUCUGAUUCAUAAACGAGAUGUUGAGUACAUCCGUGACAAUGACAUUCAGGAAAUUUAUGAAGAUGAAUUGUUGUAUGAAUUAAGGAUAAAUAAAAAAAUCUUAAUACUUCAUCUUAUAAGAUCAAGGGAGUUCCUCUCCUCAAAUUAUAGUGAAACAUUAUACUCCCCAAAUGGAGAGAUGAUCACCAGGCAUCCUGAGAUUAUGGAUCAUUGCUUUUACCAAGGGACAAUUGUACAUGAACAUGAUUCUUCAGCCAGCAUCAGCACAUGUGAUGGUCUGAGGGGUUUCUUCAGGAUAAAUGAUCACAGGUACCUCAUUAAGCCAGUGAAAUAUUCAGAGGAUGGAGAACAUUUGAUAUUAAAAUAUAAUCCAAGGGUGAAGUUUUCUGCCAAUUAUUCUUGUACAGAGCCGAAUUUUACCACAACAGCUGUUCUAGAGAACAAUACUAAAUCAACUGAAGAUCCCAAAAUGGCCAAUAUCAAUAAAGAAAAGUUUGUUGAACUAUUCAUUGUUGCUGAUAUGAAUUUGUAUCACAGGAAUAAUUAUCCUCACAGUAAACUAAGGAAUCGAGUAUGGGGAAUGAUCAAUUUUGUCAAUAUGAUUUAUAAAACUUUGGACAUUCAUGUGACAUUAGUUGGCCUUGAAAUAUGGACAAAUGAAGAUAAAAUAGAAAUAUAUCCAAAUAUAGAAAAUACCUUAUUACAGUUUUCAACUUGGCAAGAAAUGUCCCUUAAAAAAAGGAAGAAUUUUGACCAUGUUCUGUUGCUCAGUGGUAAGUGGAUCAACACUCAUACACAAGGAACUUCUUUUCCAGAGGGUAUGUGCCUACCCUAUUAUUCCUCCAGUGUUGUUAAGGAUUUUUUACCUGACUUAAUUAUAGUUGCAAGCAAAAUGGCACAUCAGCUGGGGCAUAAUCUUGGGAUGCUUCACGAUGAAUACCCUUGUACCUGCACUUUGGGAAGAUGUGUGAUGGAUCCUGAAGGAAGUGUUCCUGCACUCAAAUUUAGUAAAUGCAACAGAAUCCAGUUGAUGAAAUAUUUAAAGGACUAUAAACCAGCAUGCAUUUUCAACAUUCCAUUUUCUUCUCAAUUAAGUAAUUCCCCAUAUUGUGGAAACAACCAAUUGGAUGAUGGGGAAGAAUGUGACUGUGGAUCUUUUGAGGAAUGCACUAAUCCGUGCUGUGAUGCACAUAAAUGUAUGUUGACACCAGGAUCUGCUUGCGCAGAAGGAGAAUGCUGUGAAUUUUGUCAGAUGAAAAAGGCAGGUUCCAUAUGUAGACCAAAGAAAGAUGAAUGUGAUUUUCCUGAAAUGUGUACUGGCCAUUAUUCUGGUUGUCCUAAGGACCGAUUCCAACUAAAUGGAGUUUCUUGCAAUAAUGAAAAAGGCUACUGCUUCAUGGGAAAAUGUCCCACCAGAGAUGAUCAGUGUCUGGAAUUGUUUAGUGAUGGAGCAAAAGACGGUCCUGACAGCUGUUAUGAGCUAAAUGAAAAAGGAAAUGUAUUUGGAUAUUGCAAAAACAAGGAAAGUGGCUUAAUUCCCUGUGAAAAGAAAAAUAUCAAAUGUGGAAAGAUAUUCUGCACUGGAGGGCACCAUCCAUCUAGUCUUGGAGAAGAAAAGAUCUACUAUCUGAAGAACUUUCAAAAACAAAAUACAACCACUGAAUGCAGAACCUUCUUUUUAUACCACAAUUCUAGAGAUUUAGGCUUAGUUGCUCCAGGAACAAAGUGUGGAAAUGAAAAGGUAUGCAACAAUGGUGAAUGUGUGAACAUGGAAAAAUUCUACAAUUUAGUCAAUUGCUCUUCUCAGUGCCAUGAUAAUGCUGAGGAUGACAAUACACCAGAGUGCCAGUGUGAGGAGGAACAGGCAUCUUGGGAAGAAACUUUUAGUGCUUCCAAUACCUCUAUUUUGAUUGUUGUGCUUUUCCUGGUUUUAAUUGGUGUUGGAGGUACUACAUUUUUAAUUCGCCACCAAAAACUGAAGCAAGUUCAGAGCCCACCUAGAGAAACUCUGGGAGUGGAGAAUAAAGCAUAUUUUGGUGAUGAACCACAGGUAAGAAGUGAGCCAAUCUUACUGGAUAUCCAUCAUCUCCAACAAAUAAGUGCCGAGUCUGUGGAGACACCUUCAACAAGUUCUUCAAGUCCUCACUACAUCACACUGAAACCUGGAAGUAAAGAUCCAAGUGCAAUGGCAGAUCCCGAUCAAGGUGGUAGAGUUACUCAAAGUACUCAAGAUUUUGUUCUUAAGAACAUGAACAUUGAAGAAGUCAUUCCUCAAGCUGGAGGGAUAACAGGUCCCUCAUCACAGCUGAGUGUGGCAUAA